AUGUUUAAAUUAUCAAAACCUAGAUGCGAGGAACUUUCUAUGUGCUUCCGUCGAUACGACCAGCAAAAUACGGGUUUACUCACUUACGAUUCACUAACAAAUCUUUUGUAUAAUAUUGGAAUACAUCUUUCACAUACUGAAAAACGAGUACUAAAACAAGAGUACGAGGAGAGAGGCGAGUUUACCCUUGGGGACCUUCUAACUUUGGGCGAAACUUUCUACAAUAACCAAGGCAUGAAAACACAGAUCGAAAAUUCACUGGCACUCAUUUGUGAUGGUAAAACAAUAGAAACUAAGUGCUUAUUCGACACCCUUCUCAAAUUGGGCACGAAGAUAAAGCUGGAGGAGGAGUUGCUUCGUAUAUUCCUUUGGAAUUAUUGCCAGGCAGGGGAAGAGAUUGAUAUUGAAACUUUUGUGUCAAGAGUAUUAAGGGAAUGA